UAUUGCUAGUGCACAGAGCCUGCAGGGCGUGUAUGUGAUGUUGUCGCGCGUGCGCAGCUUAGACGGCCUCGUGAUAUUUCGCCCGUUCUCGCCGGAGAAGAUUACUGUGCGAGCCUCAGAGGAGCUGAGGACGGAGUUAGCACGGCUACGUCAGCUCGACGAGGAUACCACU